GAGAGAGAGAGAGGAGUUUUUCCAACAAGAUUCACUUCUUCCAAACGUCAAAUUGUCAAAAGUUAAGAAAGGCACGCACUAGUAGCAGUAAUAGUACCCUCAUCAUCAUCAUCACCACCACCAACAAUGCAAGCCACGCUGGUAAACCCAAUCUCACGCGCCACCCUAAGCGCAACCACCAAACAUGUCCCCCACCACCCAAAUACACACCGCACCACCUUCUUCUCCAUCCGCUCAUCCCUCUCCUCUGUUGAUGAAUCGUCAACCUCAUCAACACCAACCCAAAAGAAACUAAAUAAGUACAGCUCUCGCAUCACUGAGCCCAAGUCCCAAGGCGGGUCUCAGGCUAUGCUCCUCGGCGUAGGUCUCUCCGAGGAAGAGCUGUCGAAGCCCCAGGUGGGAAUAUCGUCGGUUUGGUACGAGGGCAACCCUUGCAACAUGCACCUCCUCAGGCUCUCCGAGGCUGUGAAAGAAGGGGUACGUGAGGCUGGCAUGGUGGGCUUCAGGUUCAACACUAUUGGGGUCAGUGAUGCUAUCUCUAUGGGGACUCAAGGCAUGUCUUAUAGCCUGCAGUCUAGAGACCUUAUUGCUGAUAGCAUCGAGACUGUCAUGAGUGCCCAGUGGUACGAUGCCAAUAUCUCUAUUCCUGGUUGUGACAAGAAUAUGCCAGGAACAAUAAUGGCAAUGGGUCAGCUUAAUAGACCAAGUAUCAUGGUUUAUGGUGGAACUAUCAAGCCUGGUCAUUUUCAAGGCCAUACUUAUGAUAUUGUAUCUGCCUUUCAGUGUUAUGGAGAAUUUGUCAGUGGAUCCAUAAGUGAUGAGCAGAGGAAGAAUGUAAUCCGCAACGCAUGCCCUGGGGCAGGAGCUUGUGGUGGGAUGUAUACAGCCAAUACUAUGGCCUCUGCUAUUGAAGUUAUGGGGAUGUCACUUCCUUACAGCUCUUCAACACCUGCUGAAGAUCCAUUGAAGUUGGAUGAGUGCCGUUUAGCUGGAAAAUAUCUUUUGGAAUUAUUAAAAAUGGACUUGAAACCACGAGAUAUUAUCACUCCAAAAUCCCUGCGUAAUGCAAUGGUUAUUGUCAUGGCACUAGGUGGGUCUACAAAUGCUGUGUUACACUUAAUUGCUAUUGCAAGGUCUUUUGGUAUAAAUUUAACUCUUGAUCAUUUUCAGAAGGUCAGCGAUGAGGUUCCAUUUCUUGCAGAUCUUAAGCCUAGUGGCAAAUAUGUCAUGGAGGAUGUACAAAAGAUUGGAGGAACGCCUGGAGUCAUCCGCUACCUUUUGGAGCUUGGUUUUUUAGAUGGGGAUUGUAUGACUGUUACUGGGAAGACACUGGCUGAAAAUGCAGCAAGCGUCCCUCCCUUAGCCACAGGGCAGGAUAUAAUUAGACCAGUGGAAAACCCCAUAAAGAAAACAGGCCACAUCCAGAUAUUAUAUGGAAAUAUUGCGCCAGAUGGUUCUGUAGCAAAAAUCACAGGAAAAGAGGGGCUGUAUUUCUCAGGCCCUGCACUUGUCUUUGAAGGAGAGGAAUCAAUGGUCGCAGCUAUCUCAAAGGAUCCUUUGAGUUUUAAGGGUAAGGUAGUUGUUAUUAGAGGAGAGGGGCCUAAGGGGGGACCAGGCAUGCCUGAAAUGUUAACACCAACUAGUGCCAUAAUUGGAGCAGGUCUUGGGAAGGAUGUUGCUUUGUUGACUGAUGGUAGGUUUUCAGGAGCUUCACAUGGAUUUGUUGUUGGCCACAUAUGCCCUGAAGCACAGGAAGGGGGUCCAAUUGGUUUAAUUGAAAAUGGAGACAUCAUCAGCAUUGAUGUUCAGAAGAGGAGAAUAGAUGUUGAGAUAACAGAUGAGGAGAUGGAGCGGCGAAGAAAGACGUGGACUCCACCUGCAUUUAAAGCUAACAGAGGAGUUCUUUACAAGUACAUCAAGAACGUGCAAUCGGCUUCAAGGGGAUGUGUGACUGAUGAGUAGUGGAGAGGACAUAUGUAUAGAUGGCAUAAAGUGUGGCAGCAAACCCGAGUUAGUACAUUCCAUUUAGGGUCUGUUUGUGUAGUGGCUGCGGCUGCGUUUUUUGAGAUUGCAUUUUUUUUUGGGUUGAUCCAUGGCACUGUUCAUAAAAAUGCAUGAAUAGUAAUUUGCAAUAAUAAAAAAAUAUUUUGCUACAA